UUAUACAGUUGUUAAAAAGCGGAAACUUCGACGAGCAUGAAAUCACCAAUAAACAACAUGUUAUAUAAUACAUGCUGUGUUUGAAAGCUUUACGAUUUCAGGACAGAAAAGCCACUCUGUUAGGAACAAGGAACAUCAGUAGCUUCGCUGGUGCUAUUAACACUAAUGGCACAUUAGCGCAAAGACAGGGCUGCAUACGGCGAGUUGCGUCUUGCUUGGCGGUUAACGUUCGUUGGCGUGGGAAACGGCGGUUCUAGUGCUAAACCGCUACCGAAAAGACUAUAAAAGCUGCGCCGACAAAAUAAAAGCGCCCAGUCAGGUUCUAAAUCAUAACCUUUUGUUUUGACUAUCGGUCCAGCUCCGUAUGGGACAGCUUCUGGGUACGGACCCGGACCGCGGUCCGCCUGGCCUCUGCUCUAAGGCUUUACUCCCGAGCAUGUGUUACUGCAUUACCGAAACUGAAUGUUUGGUGUACACAUUUUUUUUCUUCAAUAAAGUUGAUUGUAAUAAAAGUUUUUAUCCGUGUUUAGUUGCAUUGUCUUAGCAAGUUCACUUCUUUUUCCGUCCAUGUAAUUUUCAAUGUGGUGACGUAAUCCAUCUAACAAGUUCGAAUCGCGUGGCUGCCUUGGCCGCGUUCUAAGACUGAUGACGCCAGUGUACACGUAAUUUAGAACGCGAGCGCUCACUACCCAUUUCGAGUAUUCCACGGGUUAGUUACGGAUCGCGCUUCUCUUCUGGUGAAAUCAUGUCUGUCAGUGAACCUUCCCGCGCUCAGAUGGCAUCGGAAGUGCCUGAGAUUCUGGUAGAUCCCAAGACAUUAAGGUCCUACGGCAGGGAUGAGCUUUUGGGACAGGGCGCUUGUGGCAAAUGCUAUAAGAUGACCGAUCUUGAAACUGGCGACACCUAUGCUGUUAAGGUCAUCCGGCUAUAUUCCUGGGGAGUGGAGGAGGUCUGUGAAGAAGUACAGAUUUUAAAAACACUGCGGCACAAGAAUGUGGUGGGGUUCUCCCACUCUUUCGAAGAUGACAAAUUCAUGUAUAUUUUCAUGGAGUUGUGCAGUGGGCAGACACUCGGUGACAUUUUAAAAGCUCGGGGGACUUUGACUGAGCCCGAAGUGCGAUACUACAUUAACCAGCUGAUUUCAGGGUUAACAUACAUCCACCGGCAAGGUUACGUCCACAGGGACAUCAAGUUGGAAAAUUUAUUUAUCAAUGACCAAAUGGAACUGAAAAUUGGGGAUUUCGGACUGGCGGUCAAGCUGAAGCCGAGGGAGAAAGAAGUGUGUGGUACUCCCGUCUACAUGGCUCCAGAAGUGUGGAAACGAGAGGGCCAUGGAAGGGAAGCGGACGUCUGGGCACUGGGCUGUGUCAUGUACCAGCUUCUGGUUGGGGAAAUCGCAUUCUACGAUGACAAUUACUGGGAGAUGCUCAAGAAUAUAAAGGAAGCCAAAUUUAUUCUACCGCAGAAUCUCUCUAUUGAAGCUGGGAAACUGAUGGGCAAGAUAUUUAGAAUCGACCCACGGGAUCGCCCGUCACUAUCGAAUGUCCGUCGCCACAAGUUCUUCACAAAGGGCUUCACUCCAAAGACACUGCCAGCUAGUAGCUGCAAUACACCACCAAAGCAUAAAUCAGUCAACCCAUUCAAAAAGAUUUUCAACCGUUUCAUGCGCCUGAUACGAAAAAAGCGAUCCAGAGUUGAGCCUUUACGGGAGGAUGCCGAGCAGAGUGGACUUGAGAUCCCCCAGCCUGUGGAGUCACUCCGUGUUCUAGAGGAUGUCAACAGACCAAUGAACAAAUUGACCUGGUCCAGUUGGUCAAAGUGGUUGAGGGACCUGUAGGCAGGCUGUACUCAGCAAGUGCAGUGACGCCCCACACCUGAGUGCCUCCCCCAGCUCCCUGUCCACUCCUGUUUCAAUAAAGUUCUUUUGUGUUUCAAGCA